CGCUGGUCUACAUUCGUUCCUCGCGUGUUGUGUUUUCGGUUGUGAUGGUAGAAGAAUUAUGGGGGAAAGGACACAUUAUUUUUAUAAUAUUUCUUUCGCUCGUGGCCCAUAGCUUAAUCUAUUUUGGAAAUAACCCUCAAAGGUCUCUGUCGGUGGAAGAUAAUGCAGGUGCCGGUAAGCCAGUGUAUGAUACUGUGAUUGGUGUGCUCUCUGCCCGUGACCAUUUUGAGCAAAGGCAAGCUCUGAGGGACACCUGGGUUGGCAACAUCAAGAAAAACACACGGCAUCAUGACAGAAUCCUUGUAAUGUUUAUUGUUGGUGAUAAGCCCUGCCCUGUCCCACCUGAGGAUAGGCUGGACCCUUACACAUGCGUCAAGCAUGAGCUACUCAAGCCAGUUUUUGACAAGGACAUAAUAGCCUAUAAUGUACCACAUGGAACUAAAGGAUCACACUGCCAUAGAGGUCCUCUUGGCAUGGAUUUCAAGGUGAAUUUCCCCAUCGUGGUCACACAGCUGGGAGUGUUUGACAGUGGUUCUGAUGGGAUCACACAUGAGCUGGUUGCAAGACUCUAUGACCGAAUAUCUGGCGAAGAAGUGGUCAAUGUCACGUUCACACCUUCAGAUCCUGGUCAGCUUAUUGGUGGUAGUAGGUUCAAACCAGUUGAUCAGUAUGUCAUUCCAAAGGGAUUCGAGGCAAGUAUUGUAGCUGAGAGUUUCAGUGAAUCUGACCCAAGCAACAAAGUGCAAAUGAAGCAUGGUGCCACUGAUAGCGGAGGAGGAAUGAUUACCUUCAGAGGGGUGAGUAGAUAUGGCGUUAUCCCUGGAGAGUUUCCUGGGAGUGUUGAGGAUGAGCUAGAUGAUCCUUACCAGUAUGCUGCUGGCACCUUCAUGUACCGAGCUUACGCGACGGAUAGUGGAGAGUUCUCAGCCCAAGGGCAGCAGGAUAAGGUCCGAGAGAAGUUAAUGAGGCAAGAGAGAUGGGAAAAGAUGUUGAAGGAAAACGAGUCACUGCUUCGUCAGGAAUUAGAGCAACAUGACGAUGUCUUACUGGUAGAUUCUGUUGAAGUCUACCGAAAUCUCAGCCACAAAAUGAUGCUCUUCUACAAAUGGGCUACAGAUAACGUAGCGUUUAACUUCACGUUGAAGACAGAUGACGACUGUUACCUCGACAUCGACAAGAUCCUAGCAGCUCUCUCUGAUUUUAACUUGAGAAACCGACAGAAAAUCUGGUUUAGUGGGUUUCGCACUGAUUGGCCGGUGGAGCGCCAUGGGAAAUGGCGGGAACCUGAGUACACCUCGUCCGUGUACCCUGCUUUUGCAUGCGGCGCGGGAAAUAUGUUAUCUGCUGACCUCGUGAAAUGGCUGGCGCAGAAUUCUGGGCGUCUCAAGCAUUAUCAGGGCGAAGAUGUGUCUUUAGGAAUAUGGCUUUCUGCAGUGGGGCCAACUCUUGUGAAGGACUUCAACUGGCAAUGCAUGGGAGACUGUGAUGACAACAUGUACAAUUCAGCUCAGAAAGCCCCUGCCGAGCUACGGGAAAUGUGGGAUAACCGGGUACACUGCGGCAACCCAUGUGGUUGUACCUAAUGUAUGAUGGACCUACAUCUAGUACUCAGCUAAAAAUGGCCCUAACACGACUAUGUUCAUUGGUUGCUUGUUGCUGUGAAAGAUCUUGCGCGAUCACCAAUGCAGACAAUUAAACCCAUGAGUGCAUCUUAUAUAAAGGGAGCCCAGCUUAUGAUAACCUACGCUUUGAGCUAUGUUGAAUUGUUAUAAGCUCAUCUCUGACACAAGAACACGUAUGCCCCCAUGUUGGUGUCAAUCUUCUAGAAGCUCAGCAACAGGUGGUAAACCCUAUUCCCUACAUUCCUAUACUUUUUAUAAUUUUCGUCAUAAUUUGAUUCUUCACGGCAGACAAAAUCUCAGAGUUCAAAAGUACAGCAAAUUUGUCCAACCACAGGAAUCCCGACACAGCGUUUCUCUCUUUCUUCUCUUUGUAGAGACGCCUGCAGAGGAGGCUAGCCUUGUAAGUCCAAUGAGAUUGUUUCAUGGAGCUCUCAUCUCUAUAGCAUUUGAGCCCCGCUCGGCACUUGAACAAAACAUACAUGGCGGUAUAAACCUAAUUUUCUAUAGGACUGUAGAGCUCCGGAUGUAAUGGUGAUACAACAUGCAAAGUGAUAAAAACAAAGAUUGAAAGAAUUUAAUAAAAAUGGCAAAGUUUGAAAUAAAUCAAUCGGCGAUUCGUGCCCGAAUACGCAUAUUCAUAAA